AUGCCGACUUAUGCACUUGACGGCCGUGCGCCGGAUUUUCCUCAAAACGGCGAUUUCUGGAUUGCGCCGAAUGCAACCCUCAUCGGUGAUAUCAGGCUCCGCGAGGCGGCGAGUGUCUGGUUUGGAGCCAUCUUGAGAGGUGACAACGAACCGGUGAUCGUCGGUCCGCGCUCGAAUGUGCAAGAUGGCUGCGUCUUUCACACCGACAUGGGUUACCCGCUCACGAUCGGCGCGGAUUGCACGAUCGGGCACAACGCGAUCCUUCACGGAUGCACCGUCAAGGACAAUUCGUUGAUCGGUAUGGGCGCGACAGUGCUGAAUGGAGCCAUUAUCGGCUCCAACUGCAUUAUCGGUGCGAAUGCACUGAUCGGCGAAGGCAAGGAAAUCCCGGACAAUUCACUGGUUGUCGGCAUUCCGGGCAAGGUGGUCCGCACGCUGCCGGACGAGGCAAAGGACAAUAUCCGCAAGUCAGCUGAAGGCUACGUUCGAAACUGGCGGCGCUACAGGGAUGGCCUCUCGGAGACCUGA